GAGUCAAUCUCAUGCUUAUGCUAAACAACAUUUGUCACCUUUCUACGUGGAGAGUUUACUGUCUUUGACAUGUAGUGUUAAAUUGCUGCAUUAUAUGUACCCUGGCUUUUCAUUCCAAAGACUUAUACUGUUGUGAAUAAACAUGUCGUCCGUAUGUGGCACGGGCAAUGGACAGUUGGAUAAUAAACACCCAGAACAUGAUCAGGAUAAAGACCCACGUGAAUUAAUUCCCGAGCUGUGCAGGCUGUUUUACCAGUUAGGAUGGGUGACUGGAACUGGAGGAGGUAUAAGCGUGAAAAGGGGUGACCGAAUCUACAUCGCCCCAUCUGGAGUCCAAAAAGAGCGGAUUCAACCCGAAGACAUGUUUGUUUGUGAUGUGGAGGAGAGGGACAUUUGCAUGCCUCCCCCGUGGAAGAAGCUGAAGAAGAGUCAGUGCACUCCGCUCUUCAUGAACGCGUACACCAUGAGAUCUGCAGAAGCCGUAAUUCACACCCACUCGAAAGCUGCAGUGAUGGCAACGCUGCUGUUCCCUGGCAAGGAGUUCCGCAUCACCCACCAGGAGAUGAUCAAGGGCAUUCGCAAGGGAAACUCGGGAACCAACUACAGGUAUGAUGAGAUGCUGACGGUGCCCAUCAUCGAGAACACGCCUGAGGAGCGAGACCUGAAGGAUCGCAUGGCGCGCGCCAUGGAGGAGUACCCAGAAUCCUGUGCGGUCCUCGUCCGACGCCACGGUGUCUACGUCUGGGGAGACUCGUGGGAGAAGGCCAAAACCAUGUGUGAAUGCUACGACUACCUGUUUGACAUCGCGGUGCAGAUGAGACAGUGUGGCCUGGACCCCUCCGCCCUCCCCUCGGAGGAGAAAGGCAUCCUUUAGCCGUGCGCCUCCCCUCCCCUCGGAGGAGAAAGGCAUCCUUUAGCCGUGCGCCUCCUCUCCUCUCGUCUCCUGUCGUCUCGUCCACCUCUCCUCUCCUCUCCUCUCCUCCCCUCUCCUCUCCUCAUCCCUCAUCCCUCUGCUCCUCUCCUCUCCUCUCCUCUCCUCUCCUCUCCUCUCCUCUCCUCUCCUCUCCUCUGACGCCAGAACUGACGGAUGGGGGCAUGAAUCCUGCAUGUCUUGCCCUGGACAUUUCUCCUCCAUAAUCACAGUUAUCAGUCAAGAGGAACGGCCCAGCUCACUGCUCCACCACUUACAUACCCCGGCUGUUGUGGCACCUUUUGAUUUUGGUAUUAAUGUGCACCGGUAUUUCAAAGAACGUUAGAUCUGCCGCGCGACCGCUCCGCUCUGCUCUGCUCAUCAUUUCCUGUUGAGUUGACGUGACCAUGAGUCCAUGAGUCACCACGCGAGGUGUACCAGUAAACUGCCUGCGGCUACAAUGGCUACAAAGUAGACUUUUUUAUAUAAUAAAUGCAUCAAUUUGUGUGUAUUUGUGGUGGAAUACAACUGCAACUGAUUGCCCAAAGAUAAACAUGUGAUCUUCACGUACAGUAUUUGUUUUUUGUUUUGUUUUGUUUUUUUGUGUUUUUUUCCACUAAGUACACUAAGAACAACAAAUACAAACAAUUCUUUUAUAACCUUCA